UUUUUUUUUUUGUUCUUCUUCUUUAUUAUAUUGUCAUGUGGGCCAAUGCAUUAAAAGCAGUAGGACUUGCUCCAGUAGAAGAUUAUAUUCAACCACGAUUAUCCAUUGGAAACAGAGUAUUGGAUGGUGAAUUCUCAACAGGACAUUUCAAGAUACAAGUCAAUACACAAACAAUGCUUGUUACCGUGAAGAAUUUAGAAGGCCGUGUUCUUUGGCAAUCUAUCCACAAUGAACCUUUUUUGUUUUCUUCUUUGGGUCAAGACGAAUUUGGACCGUCAACAACAUUGGCUGGGGUGUUUACGCCUGUUGUGGAACAUGAUACAUUGACGACCCGACUUCAAACCAUUACCAAGAUUGCUUAUGAUGAACAAGAUAAGAAAAAAGUGAAUAUCUUUGGUGGAUUGGGCACCAAAUUGGUCUUACCUACUCAUAUGGAUUACAAAAUCUCUUUUCAAGAAAUCACUCCUCAUCAGUUAAUAUUCUCUAUUCAAGUCUUGGGUUGUGAUCGAUCUAUGCAACAAUAUAAACGCUUGAUCCUCAUAGGUGCCAGUCGGAAAGAAGAAGCUUUUUAUGGCUUUGGUGAGCAAUACUCUUCUUUUAAUCACAAAGGACAGAAAAUCCCCAUUCUUAUCAGGGAACAAGGAAAGGGUCGAGUAUCUUCUUCGGCUACUACUUUAUGGUCAUCCACACUUAGUCUUUUAUCAGGUGAUCCUUUAUCCAGCAAUUGUGUUGUUCCUUUUUAUAUGACAAACGAUCAUCGUGGAUUUUAUCUGACAAAUACUGAAUAUGCAAGUUUCGAUCUUCAACAUCCAGAACGUGUGGUGGUUCGUGUGAAUGCAACAACAAUGACAGCUAGACUCCUUGAUGGUGAUUCAUUAUUAGAUCUUAUUACGGAAUAUACUAGCUUUACAGGACGUGUUCAACCUAUGCCAUCUUGGAUUGAUCAAGGUGCUAUUACUGAAAUUCAAGGCGGGCCAGAAAAAGUGCGACAGAUUGUACAACGACUUCAUCACUACCAGGUACCAUUAGCAGCUAUUUGUAUUUCUGACUGGACUGGAUAUCAUAUAUCAUCAUCUCCUCCAAGCCGUCGCGAUAGUACAACCAAUAUCAAUAACAAGAGGAUCUAUACUUUGGAACAUGAUGCUCACACUUAUCCUGAUUGGAUCAGUCUAGUGCAUGAAUUGACUCAACGAACAACUGGUGCAACUUCUAGUGCUGCAACAUUGAUGGUAUCCUCUAAUGAUGGUGAUGAUGAUGAUCGACAACAACCAAAAGAUGACAUCCCCCCUGUACGUGUUUUGGUCAAUAUCAGUCCAUUGUUAUCAGAAAGAAAAGGAACUGACAUUUCUGAAUUAUUUGAUCAUGCCAAACAAUAUAAUUACCUUGUCAAGACAACAGAUGGACUUCCUUUUAUGAUAUCAACACAACCAGGUAAUGCAGCUGCAAUGAUCGACUUGUCUAAUCCAGAAGCUCGUCAGUGGUUAAAGGGUGAAAUCAAGAAACAUAUCUUUGAUACUGGUCUAUCAGGAUAUAUGGCGGAUUACGGAAACACAUUACCAAUGAUAUCAAAUCAAAUCCAACUCUUUUCAGAACAAGAUGCAGCAUCUUAUCAUAAUCAAUAUGCCGAUGACUGGGCAGCUUUACACAUGGAACUUCUCAAAGAAUAUGAUUUGGAUGACAAUAAUGCAGUUUACUUUGUUCGAUCAGGCUUCACUCGUUCUCCAGGGAAAAUCCAAGGCUUAUGGACUGGUGAUCAAAAUGUAACAUGGGAUCAACAUGAUGGUAUCAAAAGUGCAGUUACUGCUAUGUUGAAUGCUGGUAUGUCAGGAUUUUCCGUCAGUCAUUGUGAUAUUGGUGGCUACGUAACAGCUGAUGGUGGAAUCCCUGGAACUAGGAUGAUACGAAAUCGAGAACUACUUUAUCGAUGGAUGGAAUUGGCGGCUUUUACUCCUGUAUUCCGAACUUCGGAAGGAUCGAUUCCUUUUGUGAAUGCACAGUUUUAUGAUAAUGAAGAAUCUUAUUUACAUUUGGCACACACAACACGAUUAUUUACAGCAUUGGCAACUUAUCGCAAUCAACUAUUGAAGGAAGCACAAACAAAAGGAUGGCCAGUGAUGCGACAUUUGAUUCUCUAUUAUCCUGAUGAUGAUAAGGUACAACAAUUGACAUGGCAACAAUUCUUACUUGGAUCAGCUGUGAUGGUGGCACCCACAUUAUCACCCUCAUCCUAUGUCAAGGUCUAUUUCCCCAGAGACAAUCGUAACAUCUCAUGGCGCCAUCUCUGGACUGGUAAACUAUAUGAAGCUGAUGGUUCCUAUCAAGCCAUUGAUACUCCCAUGGGUCAGCCAGCCGCUUUUGUCAUGGAGCCAAGAUAUGAUGAACCUGGUGGUCGUCUUUUGGAUCCUUUAUUGAAAUUUGCCUCUUCUUACUAUGCAACUCUCCAUCCUGCUGAUGAUACUCAAGGUGGAAGAAUAUGAAUGAAUUUUGAUAUGAUUAUUGAAUGAAUUUAGCUAGUGAAUUUACUGUAGAUGUAUAUCAAAAUAUUUGUGUAUUACUGUAUCAAUAAAGAAUAAGAAAAAAAAGUCUUCACUCUAUCAGUCAUAUUUCACAUG